UUCCCUAUCUUCCGCCCCCAAUUCAAUUCUAACACCUCUCUUCCUCUUCUCACCCUCGUCUCUGUUUAUUGAUUUGCUUCAUUCCUAAUAGCCGCAUUUCUGCAAUUCUUAAUUCCCCAAAAUGCCCCCGCAAACCAGAAGAUCGGCUUUCCCUAAAUUCGUCAUCGAGAGAGAGACCGACUCUGAAGAAAGUUCGUCCGACGAAGAAGAAGAAGAAAACAAUGGCAUAGAAGAAUCAGAAGAGGAUGAAGAAGUUGAACAGCGUGAGAAUGAAGAGAAAGCCACAGAGGUUACGCCGGCGAAGAAGAGAGAGAAAGCGCCGAUCACCAUCAGUCUCAAGAAAGUCUGCAAAGUUUGCAAGAAAACUGGUCAUGAAGCGGGAUUCAAAGGGGCUACUUACAUUGAUUGCCCAAUGAAACCCUGUUUUCUUUGCAAGAUGCCUGGCCACACUACGAUUACUUGUCCGCAUCGAGUGGCUACUGAGCAUGGGGUCAUUCCUGCACUCCGUAGAAAGACUCGUAACUCUUUGAAUUAUGUCUUUGAGCGCCAGCUUAAACCCAACAUCCCUACAAUCAAACCGACAUUUGAGAUCCCAGAUCAAGUGAAUUGUGCAGUUUUAAGGUACCAUAGUAGAAGAGUUACAUGCUUGGAGUUCCAUCCAACAAACAAUAACAUUCUUCUAUCUGGAGAUAAGAAAGGACAACUUGGAGUUUGGGAUUAUGGUAAAGUGUAUGAAAAGACGGUUUACGGAAAUAUACAUGGUUGCAUACUUAACAACAUGAAGUUCAAGCCUACAAAUGAUGUAAUGGUAUAUGCUGCAUCAUCAGAUGGAACCAUCAGUUGCACUGACUUGGAGACUGGAAUCUCAUUAUCGUUGAUGAACCUUAAUCCUAAUGGGUGGCAGGGCCCAAGCAGUUGGAGGAUGCUUUAUGGGUUGGAUGUGAACUCAGAGAAAGGUCUUGUGCUUGUUGCAGAUAACUUUGGAUUUCUUUACUUGGUGGAUAGCCGCUCUAACAGCAAAACAGGGGAGCCUAUUUUGAUUCAUAAGAAAGGAAGCAAAGUUGUUGGGCUGCACUGCAAUCCUGUUCAGCCAGAACUUCUUUUGAGUUGUGGAAAUGAUCAUUUUGCUCGUAUAUGGGACAUGCGUCGGUUAGAAGCUGGAUCUUCUCUUUGUAAUCUUGCACAUAGACGUGUUGUUAAUUCUGCGUAUUUUUCUCCACAAAGUGGAUGCAAAAUACUUACUACAUCGCAGGACAACAGACUUCGUGUAUGGGAUUCUGUAUUUGGCAAUUUGGAUUCCCCAAGUCGAGAAAUUGUACAUAGUCAUGAUUUCAAUCGACAUUUGACUCCUUUUCGAGCAGAAUGGGAUCCGAAGGACCCAUCAGAGUCCCUUGUUGUUAUUGGGCGCUACAUAAGUGAAAAUUAUAAUGGAGCUGCCUUGCACCCCAUUGAUUUCAUAGACAUAAGCACCGGUCAACUAGUUGCUGAGAUCAUUGAUCCAAACAUUAAGACCAUCAGUCCCGUGAAUAAGCUACAUCCACGAGAUGAUGUUUUGGCAUCUGGCAGUUCAAGAUCUCUUUUCAUUUGGAGGCCUAAGGAGAUGUCUGAGAUUGUGCAACCAGAUGAAAAGAAGAUUGUACUUUGUGGGAGGUCGGAGAAGAAAUCUAACAAGAAGUUUGAGGGUGAAAGUGAUGAUUCUGGUGAUGAUAUAUUCAGCAUGAAGGGUAAGAACUCUAAGUCUAAGAAGCCCGGACCAAAAUCAACUCGAUGUAAUCUUAAGGGCAAACAUUAAGCAUAUGAAUGGAAAUCUCACAAAACAUACUGGUAUUACAUGUAGUCCUAGCUAAUUUUUGAGGCUGGUAUUAGAUUUUUUCAUCUGCCAACCUUGUAUAGGUAGCUAGCCUCUUUUUUUGCCCUUUUGGCUGCAAACUGAGUUUUCUUUGAUGAUACAGUAUUGCACAGGACGUGCCGCUUUGUAACAUUUCACCGCUGUUCUCUUUCUUUUGACCUUUUCUUAUCUGAUUUUGGAUGUCUUCUUUUCCCCCUUGUAGGGCAUGUAGCAUAGCUUUUUGGGUUGUAUAUGCUUUCUGAAGACUUGUAUUUUGUUAAGAAUGUAAUUGAUAAGUUUGGAAGUGGUUACAUCAGCUACUCUUUUUAGAGGUCA